UGAUGCUUAAUGCUUUUGCCUCACUAAAAUGCUCGAAAAAAUGCUAGCAUACUGUACAAAAGCCUGAAUUUCACAUGUGAAAACAUUCUGGUGGGUGUGGGGAGGGGUAGGGAGCGGCAAGUCGGGGAGGGUGAGUACUUUAUUGUGAUUAGCAUCGACUAGCAUCCGUUGUUCGAAGGUCUCUGCGUGCAACGAUCGAUGUCUGGGAGAAUUCACCGGAGAAUUUCGUCGUCAGUGGACGACAGAAGUGCAGAGAUAGACCCGUCUUCAAACGUUGCCGAUGGAGAAAGCGACACAACAGAUGUUGUUAGAAGUAACAGAAGUGAAGAAGGGAAAAGUAAAAGGAAUCUUAUUGGUUUCUGGCUUCUUGGGUUGUGCAACAACUUUGGUUAUGUCGUCAUGUUAAGUGCUGCUCAUGACAUCCUUGGGGAAGACAACAGUACCCAGGGACGCCAAACAUCAGAUAAUUCAAGUUUAACUUUAGAGACUGCUGGAUCUUCAAAUUUCUCAGGUGGAUUGGAGUGUAAUCCUCUAUCUACCGGGACUGUUUUAUUGGCUGAUAUUUUACCAACUCUCAUUAUCAAAAUGACAGCUCCAUUUUAUAUGCAAAGAAUACCCUAUAGUGUACGAAUGGCAUUAUGUGUGAUGUUUGCCUUCGCAAGUUUCUUUAUUGUGGCAUUCUCUCAUGCCCUUUGGUUUAGUUUGCUAGGUGUUGUAUUUGCAAGUCUAAGUUCAGGAUUUGGAGAAAUUACACUGCUCAGCUAUUCAGCCCAUUUUGACAAAGAUGUUGUUUCAACAUGGUCUUCUGGUACAGGUGGGGCUGGAGUAUUUGGUGCACUCUCCUAUGCUGGUUUCACAUCUGCUGGAGUUUCUCCAAGGAAUACAGUGUUGAUAAUGAAUGUCAUACCAUUCACAUUCGGAAUCAGCUAUUGGUUCAUCCUGGAACACCCCAAAGAUCUCGCUGAACGUGAACCUUUGCUAGAAACUGCAAGGACCGACAGUGUCACGGAUGCUGACAGCCGAGCUGUUGAUCCGUUAACGUUAAAAACAAAACUUAUAAUAACCAAGUCCCUGCUGAAGUAUAUGUUUCCAUUGUUCUUUGUAUAUUUUGCUGAAUACUUCAUCAAUCAAGGAUUGCAUGAACUGAUUUACUGGAAUAGAAUCUGGUUGACACCUUCAGAGCAGUACAGAUGGUAUCAAGUAGACUAUCAGAUUGGUGUGUUCAUUUCUCGUUCAUCCGUAAACAUUUUUCCUAUCAAAAAGAUCUGGCUUUUGGCCCUCCUACAGCACGUGAAUCUCGUCAUACUUAUAUGCGAAACGUACCUUCAUUUCCUGCCAUCUGUUUGGAUCAUGUUCAUUAUCGUCUUAUAUGAAGGGCUUCUAGGAGGUGCUUGUUAUGUCAAUGCAUUCUACAGGAUCUCACAAGAGGUCCCACAAGAGCACAGGGAAUUCUCAAUGGGUGUGGCCAGUGUGGCGGACAGCUGCGGUAUUGCAGUGGCUGGGGCAGCCGCCCUGCCUACCCAUAAUGCUUUGUGUUCGUACUGGAGAAACAAGGCUGCAAGCUAACGUUUGCUGUAGGCCUGGCAACAAUGUGAUGAAUUUUGCAGCUGAAAUGUACAUAACGAAUUGUGGAAAUGGUCUCUAGAGA